AUGCCAAAGGAUUCCUUCCACCAGACUCCUCAUAUAACAUACCCACAAUCUCCUUCAUUGUGGAGAACAUCCACUCCUCCACCUCAUUCUAUCCAGCCUAGGAUAACUGAGCAGCCUGAUGCAACUAGUUUGAAGCAUCCAUGUAUGUAUCGAAAGAAGCUGGACAAGGAGAAAUCCAAGGCCCAAAAGAAAAAGUCUGAAUUUUCCCUCUCAAAGUAUGUCAAGUCAGCAAAACUCAAGGAGAAAGAGCUUUACCCAUGGAAUGAAAAAUUGAAACCAGAAAGGAUAAAGGCACUCAUCAAGGACAUAACUUCCUCUGAUGAAACUGGACAACUCUAUGCAGCUCAGGCCCUUGGGAAUCUUGGAGUAGCUGAAGAAGAUGUUAUCUCUGCACUUUAUAAAACAUUUCAGGAAUGUAAAAGUCUGCCCUUGCAAUAUGAAGCAGCUCGAUCCCUGGCUUUGUUGGGUUGCCUGGAGAAAGCCUCUGUAAUGAAAUUACUGAUUAGAAACUUGAAGGAGAAGAGCCUGAACCGGAGAGAAGAUGUCUUAUCUGCUCUGAAAGUGUCUUUGCAUGCAUGGUCAAUGCUACCAAAGUCUGAGAAUUGCAUAGGUGCCCAGUCCAGUUUGAUCCGGAAUCUACAACGGUUGGUGGAAUUGCAGGAACCCAUGGACAAUGUAGCCUUUAAUGCAGCCAUUUGCUUGGGAUACCUGGAUGAGUCCAACCAAACUGCCCAAAUGACAAUGUUUUGGUGCCUGACCAAGAAGGACAGGAAGAAGAAAAUGGAGGCUUUGGGCAUGUUGGUAUGUCGGAUGAGGAUUGUGGAUGCUGUUAUCCUGCAGACUGUUCUUGAGCAGCUUCGGUGUUCCCCUGUGUACAAACAUCGUGUGGACUCUGCAAAACUUUUGGCUUUCAUAGGGCUGGAAACAAUCCAACAGGAAAGCCUGGAGGAGGAUGUUUUUAAUGUUCUUCUGGAAAAAUUGUAUGAGGAACCAUUUCUGGUGGUAAGGCAGUCAGUGGCCUUGACUGUUGAAGAUCUGAAUAUGAAGAAGCGAAUCUGGGACAUUGUGGAGAAACAGCUGAAGGAGGAGAAUGAGGAGACCAGAAGGAAGGCUGUCAUUUCAUUAGGUGUCCUGGGUUUCCGCCAUAAGAAUAUGUUUUUUGCUUUGCUGGAAAUGCUGGACCUGGACACUAGUGAGGAAGUCCGCAUACAGAUUAUCAGGACUUUUUCUACUCUGGGAAUGAACAACACACAUGUGAUGAAGAAUCUGAAGCACAAGGCAGAGGCAGAUGGGAGACUAGGAAGAGAAAGUGUCAAAGCCUUGAAGUUACUGGAUAAAGUCCCUGUUCUCCGGAAAGACUGGAUGCUGCAAUCUUUUUGCCUCCACUGA